UUGACAGUUACUUAGAUAGCAAGCUUUUGCUUUUUGGGUUUAAUUGUAAAUAUUUAGCAUAAUGAACGAAAACGAUGAGGAACUUACUACAUUUUGUGAUUCAGCAGCUGCAUUGGUAGAAGGCUGUAGAUUGCCUGUUCGCAUGCAGGGAGGCAAUGACUGGCCUUUAGCAGAAAUUAUAAGUAUUAAAGAGAUUCGCGGACAACGAGGCUACUACGUGCAUUAUGUUGACUUCAACAAGCGUCUUGAUGAAUGGGUGGCCGAGUCCUGGCUGGAUACUCGCAAGGUGCAGUUCCCCCGGAGAGAUGGAGCCCCCGCCCCCGCCGGGACCACCACUCCGAAGAAAACACACAUUGGUUCAGGAGGUGGCAUUAUGCCUCAUGUUAUUAAUGAUAGAGUCUGCAAUGACAUACCGAAAUCUAGUAGCGAUACCAAUAGAGAAGCUAGUGUGACACCGUUACAGCACAAAGCCCCAGAAAGAACACAUUAUGGCGAAGCCCUCAAUGGUUCCGUUCACAAAAUCGCGCACGGAGGGUUCCCGGAGCCCCGGGCGCUGGUGUCGCGGCCCGCGAGCCCCACGCUGCUGGCCGAGCCGCCGCUCGUCAACGGCCAGGCCGUGCUGGCCGCCGCGCUGCACAAGAAGAUGAACAGGAAACGGAAAGCUAACUCUAUAGACAACGAGUCAGAGGCUGGGGAAGAAGGCGAUGCUAGCGCAUCAGGCGCGGCCACACCGACCACGAGACCGCGCCAGUCCGGCUCCCUAGUAGCGCAUGGCCACGACGAUCUCGUCACGCGUAUGAAGAACAUCGAGAUGAUAGAGCUCGGCAAGCAUCGGAUCAGGCCCUGGUACUUCGCGCCCUACCCACAGGAAAUGGUGAACCUCCCCUGUAUAUACAUAUGCGACUUCUGUUUAAAAUACAGGAAAAGUAGAAAAUGCUUGGAGAGGCACUUGAUCAAAUGCAAGCUAAAGCACCCACCCGGAAACGAAAUCUACCGCAAAGGCAGUAUCUCGUUUUUCGAGAUCGACGGACGGAAGAACAAGUGCUACGCGCAGAACCUCUGCCUGCUGGCCAAGUUGUUCCUCGACCACAAGACCCUGUACUAUGACACCGACCCUUUCUUGUUCUAUGUUAUGACGGAAUUUGACUCUAGAGGGUUUCACAUAGUAGGAUAUUUUUCAAAAGAGAAAGAAAGUACAGAAGACUACAAUGUAGCGUGUAUACUGACUCUACCUCCAUACCAAAGAAAAGGAUAUGGAAAACUUCUCAUAGAAUUUAGUUACGAACUGUCCAAGUUCGAAGGCAAAACGGGGUCACCGGAAAAGCCGCUAUCGGAUUUAGGACUGCUCUCUUAUCGGAGCUACUGGGCACAGACCAUCCUGGACAUUCUGAUGCACAGCAAACCAGUUGGAGACAAUGAGAAACCCAUCAUUACUAUAAAUGAAAUCUGCGAACUGACCAGCAUUAAGAAGGAAGACGUGAUCAGCACGCUCCAGAACCUUAACCUGAUCAACUAUUACAAGGGCCAGUACAUCAUCUCGGUUAAUCAGGAACUGAUGCAGCAACACGAAAAGAGUAUGGAGAAACGAACGCUCAAGAUAGACCCGAAAUGCUUGCAUUGGACGCCCAAAGAUUGGUCGAAACGUGCCAAAUGUGUUUGAGGAGCUGCGAGAUAUUGCUCUGGCUUCCGACACGUACGCAUUUUGUUCAUUUUGUAUUUAACCUACAUAUUUAAUGGAAUCAUUUAUUUAUCUGGUUGCGAUCCCAUCAUAU